AUGCUGGUGCUAACAGGAACACCAAGUCUGGUACUUGCCUCGCGGGUUGAGGUAUAUCACACUUGCUCCGUCGAUCUUACAUGGCAACGGGCCAUCCAUUCAUGCCAGAGAUGUCCACGCGCCGUGCUUGUGACAAACAAUGUGGCCAUCGCGCCGAUCACACAGUCCAAUGUGGAACGGGCCACGUCCCGCUUCUGUCCGGCCGGGGUGCAUAUGAGCAAUUGUGUUCCCGCAUCGGAAAUAUUCUCUGCACCGAACAAACAAACUGUUUUGAAACCUCUGCUGACCGGUGCACAUGCUAAUUCUGUAUCUUUGAGUUCACCCGGUUUAAACUUGUCACCUUCUGCUUGGGGGCCACCAAACCUGCCCGUUCCGGCCGUCACGCACCAUCACCCUGUACAUACCGUUCACUCGGCACGGGCCUCAUUGAAUUCUCCAACAGUUAGUCCCUCAACGGUUGUGAUACGUGAGAGCGAGAAACCCACACCGCAGCAAAUUACGACGGGCGAGCGAGCCAAGUUAGUGGUUACCAAAUCUGAAAAUGCAGACAAAAGUACCACUACAAACAAAAUUUCUCCAGCCACACCACCUCCAGGAACAACAGUGACAACCAGCAUUUCUUCUGCAACGCCUACUAAUGCUAUUGUAAACACCGGUAAAACCGAAGUGCCCACCAAGACUACGAGUCUACUGGAUGACUCAAAAGCAGACCGAAGUCCUGUACCGGAGAUAUCCAUUAUACGAGAAAAUGAAUCUCCGAAGUCGCCCACUUCAAUUAGUGCGCCAUCUACUCGUGAUAAGAGUCAGGUCAAUGGAACAGCGGAAGAUCGUGUGAUUACUGUGCCGGAACCAGGCCUCGGUAAACCAACAGAGCGCGAAAUCAGUCUCUCUAAUCACGUGACUGAAAACACGAGUGAUGGACGUGUUCCUGACUCAACCACUCUGAAAAAGCAAAGAAAAGAGGACACAGUUCAAUCGGUUACUCGGUUGAAAGGUGGUAUUGCAUCAGAUGCCUUGCAGAAUGCUGAUGUGGAGAUCGCUUUACCCAAUCGUGGUUCUAGUCGAUCUGUUGGGCAGGAAGAGGAAUCUGACAAGGCCAGGCCCAAUCGUGCAUCUUCUCGCAAUACUGAACGUUCUCCCGCUAGUACCAAACAGUCGAGCGCAUCUCCUUUACCUGCGACCGAGUCUCCGAAGAUAGAUGCUAACGCAACUCGACAACCGACCACGACUACAACAGUCCGAGAUACGCGCGAACCCGGUCGACAUCAUGCAGCCGGUCCACAAUCCCCAAUUAGCUCAUCCGGUGGAGGAGUGGGAGAUGUAGGUCCGACUCCGGUCAAAGCCAAUGGCUCUGUGCGUGCGGACCAAUCGAGAGCCACACCGGUUGAACCACAGUCGCCGCCUGCAUCGAAACCCCCGACCUUAACCACUCCGUCUACACAGACAAAAAAAGUUGUUCCUUCAUUCCACUUUCCGCUUGGCACAACACGCAUGACCAAGGAAGAGAUCUCAUUCGAGGUUGAUCGAGCGAAGCGUGAACUGAGUCGAAUUGUGGAGAGCCUAGGCAACGGGAAUAAAAACGGUGCUUCUGAUUCGUUGAUUCCUUAUUCGAAUUUUGGACAAGUUGCGAAAAGAGGGUUCUUUGUGAUACUCAGUCUCAUGUACAACGUUGCCGUUAAACGUCUGCGGUUUGAUGAUUGUUGGGAACUCCCCCAAGGUGCUACCAAAGAGCUCGUAUCUAGUGAUCCGGGCUGUUCAUGCAAGAAGUUCACUGACGAGUGGACGUUGAAGUUCGUGAAAGAAGUCGCCGUGUCAGACAAACACGGACAUCGACUAUUAAACCAAAAGCAGAAUAGAAUUCAACAUCGGGUAUCGCAUAUCAGCAACUAUGAACGCCCUACGGAAUCGGUGCUGGAGAUCAAGCCUCCGUGGGACUGGAACCCACGCAUGGAUGCAGUCUACGCACACUACCAGCUGGACUACGAGGCCACACCGAAAGCAUUGAUCUUCUCACAUUUGAUGUACUCAUCCAACCUAGAGAGUCAUUCGGAAUCCACCGCGUAG